AUGACUCAAAAUAAUAAUAACACUAUUGAUCUUUAUCAAAUUUAUCUUAGUUUAAAAAAAAUCCAAAUUCUUUAUGAUGAACAUCGUUCUAAAUUAUUAUCAUGGCAAGAAACAUUAGAAGAAAUAAAAAAAAAUAGAUAUUAUUAUAAUGAACUUCUUAUACUAGUUGAGUCAGAAAUGACUAUUAACAAAAAUUUAGCAAAAGAUGCUAAAGAUAAUAUUAGUAAACUUGAAAAAAAUAUAUAUAAUUUUAGUUUUCUAAUUAUUGUUAAUAAAGAUAAAAAAGUUUGGAUCAGUCAACAUAUCAAUCCAUUUAAAGAUUAUUACAAUAAAUGGCAAGUAGUAGGUAGUGGUAAAAAUUCAAAUGUAUCUUAUAUGGAUUGUGAAAUUCGUGAAGCUAAGGAAGAAGUAGGAGUUAAUAUUAAAUUAGAAGAUUUAACAAUAAUUAAUAAUCAUUCUGAAUGGAUUUUGGUAGAUUUAAAAAAAUUAGUAGAGUAUGAUAUGACUGAUUUUAUUAAAGAACAUAUGUCAAUUAUAUCAGAAGUAAUUAAUAAGAAAUUUUGUGCAAUUCGAAAUGCUGAAAGUAAAAAGAGAAGUGCAGCAAAUAAAAAAUGUAAAGAAAUUGAAGGUGUAGAAAUUGAAGGUGUAGAAACUGAAAAAGAAAUUUUAGUAGUAAAAAAUGUUGAUUCUGCUUGGAAUAUUCAAGCAAGUAAUAAUGAAAAUGAUCAAAUAUUUAUUGUUAAUUAUAUGUUCGAAAGAGCAGAAAUAAAUUUAAAACAAAAGAAAAGUAUUGAUUAUAUCGAUAUAUGGAAGCAACAUGUUUUGUUUCAAUAUCAAAAAAUUAUUGAUAAUGAAAAAACAAAACAUCAAUAUACUUUAUUUGAUAUUGAAAAAUUUAAUGAAAAAUGGUUUUGGUUUAAAAAUCAAAUUAAUUCUGAACAUAAAAAGCGAAAAAUAAUAAAACAAGAAACUAGUGGAAAAAUAUACUGUAUCAUUUAUCCAUCAAUGAAAUUUCAUUUAUAUGAUAAGAAAUAUGUUAAAUAUCAACAUAGAAGAAUCUGUGACAAGUGUCAUAAAUUUUGUUCACUAGAUCAAAUCACUGUUUCAAAUACACAAUGUGAUAUAAAUUGUAUUUUUUAUAAUAAAAAAAAUAGAAUUGAAAAAGAGUAUUCAAAAAAUAUAUGUUGUGAGUAUUUUGGAUUAUGGAAUGAAUUACAUAGUUGUGAUAAUU